AUGGUUCGAGAGUACGACACUUUGACGAUGGGGGAUGACCAAUCUGUGGAUGAAUUCUUAAAGCAAAUCACGGAACGGAUGAAGACUAUGACCCCUCAAACUUUUAAAGCCAGACUUCUCCCCAAAAAUCCCAUCAUUUUGACUCUUGGGAAAGCUACAGAGUUAGAAAGCAACAUUGAUUUGUGGAGAGAUGCAUGUCCAGUUUGUCGUCCACUCGUUCGCGACCUAAAAUGUUUCUGCUUCCCUGAAUCGCAAACCUUUCAAGAGCAGAACAAAUUCAUUGCUUGGAACAUUACCUUUUCGGAUCUUGCAUUUGCGAUUACUUCGAAGGAGUAUGAUAGUGCGAAUUCUCGCAAGAUCACUGGAAAUUCCAACAAUGAUAGCGGGAAAGAAGAAGGUGAGGAUGAGCGAAAUGCAAAGGAAUGUCCGGGUGACGAGGAAAAGGGCGGGAAAAGCUUUUUGGAGAAAGACAAGCCCGACCAUGGUAGCUUCUGCGAGUUUUGCGCCUACUUUGCCUCUUCGAUGUUCGAUGAUCCCACGUACAGCUUCUCGUUCAAGAAUCACGCGUUUGGAAAAUUUUCGAUAGAUGAUUGCUGUUGCUCAGCGGCUAUGAAAGAAAGUAGAAAGAUCGCGGAGGUAGCAAAUAAAUUGCAAGGGCUGGCUGUGAAGUAUGGCACAAGUGCGGGUUUUGAAUUCAUAGUCCAACCGAUUGAUUACGAUCUUGCAUGGCAAGGGUUUGGGAAGUUGAGGUUCCAAGCUUACAGCCACACUCUGACAGUUCCUCCUGAAGAUUUGAAGACCAUUUUAGGGUUCAGACGAGAGCUAGUACUCGAGGUUUACGGUAUUCCAGGAAUACUUUCUGGUAAUAUGCCAGGACUCAAGUAUUGGCCGGUCUUGGUGGGUUCGAAGCCGUGGGUUAAUGCAGGCAAGAGAUGGAUAUCUCAGUGCACUUCCAACCACAAAGAUUGCCGUCCUGCUGUCAAAGGACCUCUGCCCACCAGAGUUGUCGAAAUUCUUGGCGAUGAUAACGUACGUGUGGUCCCUGGCACUGAUUUGCCCCAUGACUUUUAUAUCUCUCUAAGCUACUGUUGGGGAGGCCCACAGGAGUUUUCUUUGACGACGAACACCCUGAGCGAAAUGGAAGCUGGAUUCAACAUAAGCUGUCUUCCAAGCACGCUGAAAGACGCGAUAUGGGUGUCAACCCAGCUAGGUAUUAAGUAUAUCUGGAUCGAUUCCUUAUGUAUUAUCCAGGAUCACACCGAAGACAAAACCAAAGAACUACCUCGGAUGAGGGAGUAUUAUCGGAACUCGUAUUUGACUAUUUGUGCAAGUACCGGUAAAUGCACACUCCCUUUCCUCAAGGAAAUUGAAAAUUGCCAAGAGCACCAACGGAUUGAAAACUCCUUAGUUCCUUUGGGAAUAUUGGUCAGCCCAAUCUAUGAAGUUGUCGCCAGCGCGGAAGGAAAGCCAGAGGAUGUUGGGAAAAAGUUCUCUCGAGAUGUGAUUACCGACGUUCUCGUACAAAAGGAAAAACCUUACUUUGUGUCAGAAGAACCAAUCUCUUCGAGAGCGUGGACUUUUCAGGAAAGGGUUCUUUCCCCUCGAAUCCUUUUCUUUGGAGAACGACUGGGAUGGGAAUGUCAUACACAACAUGAAUUUGCAGGAGGCGUUGAUUACUCGGAAGACGACUCUCCGACCAUUGACUUGCAAAAGCUUCGUCAGCUGUUUUUUAAAAGUAAUGACAAGUCACAUUCCAGGAAUGACGAGACUAUUAACCAGGGCACGGUCAAGAACGAUUACGAAAUUUGGUACAAGGCCGUCGAGGAGUACACACGAAGAGAUCUCACAGUCAAGAGUGACAAACUCCCUGCUAUCUCGGCGCUUGCACAAAUAUUCCAGGAUUCGACAGGAGAUCAGUAUUUGGCAGGAUUGUGGAGCGGUGACUUACUAAGGGGCUUACUUUGGUCGACGUAUCCCACACUGUCUCUCACAAAACCGCCCGAUUGGCGAGCUCCGUCAUGGUCAUGGGCUUCAAAUGACAAUGAAGUAAGCUAUAAAGGAGUACCGCCGCUCAAUGCGAUACCAAUAACCCAAAUCCUCACCUCAAGCACGGUGCCAAUAUCAACUGUGGCUCCAUUGGGCGAAGUUGGUAGUGGGAUUUUGGAACUGAAAGGUCCUGUACUGAAAUACGAAAGAGGGCUCACUACUUGGCUUAUGCAGAAGGAGAAUGAACUCCUAGAACUCCAAGACAAUCACCAGACUAGGUAUCAACAAAGCCGGCUUCUGUUUUCCAAAAAUCGGACAGAUCCAGGAUGCAAAGACUGGCAACCUCCCGAUGGUCAUAUCCUGCUGUGCCUCUUUGCCACUCCCUUUCAAGCGCCUGAACAGAAAGACGAUCAAAAUAAGGAGGAAAAAGUGGAUGUGACAGGAACAGCACAAGCGACUUAUAGACCAAGUGUCGGUGAUAACGCAGAGAUUCAGAAAGUCCCACAGAGCUCGGGAUAUACUAUCUCAGGACUUGUACUUGGUCCCAUUACGGACGAGUUGAGUCCUGGCGACGAAAAGUAUGAACGCUUGGCAAGAUUUACCUCGGUAGGAGUUGUCAUCAAAGAUUAUCGGGAUCUUGACAAACAUGCAAGGACAGUCUCAAUUGUGUAG